GGCUACAUAGCGGUGGCUAACAGUACAGCCCACUCAAUAAGCUGAGUGAUAUAAAAACAAGUGGUGGUUUCUCACAUUUAUUUUUGCAUUGAUUGAAACACAGUUUGACAGGAUAUUGAUGUCAUAUUGUGGAAGCCAAAACGGCGGCCGCCGGAGCAAAUGGGACCAGCCGGGCCCGGGCUCCGGUGGGAUGGGGGAGGCUGAAGCUGCACCUACCGGGGCUCUGGAUGCUGCAGCUGCUGUGGCUGCCAAGAUUAAUGCCAUGCUGGUGGCCAAGGGCAAGCUCAAACCCUCUCAGAUAGGCACCCCGGGACCCCCUGAGAAGCCUGUGAGUAUUGGGAAGCCUCCAGUGCCAACCAAAGCCAAGGAUGACCUGGUGGUAGCUGAGGUUGAGAUCAAUGAUGUCCCAAUCACCUGUAGGAAUCUCCUCACGCGUGGACAAACACAGGAUGAGAUCAGUAAAGUGAGCGGUGCUGCUGUUUCAACCAGAGGGCGUUACAUGACAGCAGAGGAGAAGGGCAAAGCUCUCCCAGGGGAUCGACCUCUGUAUCUGCAUGUACAAGGACAGACUCGAGAGCUUGUUGACAGAGCAGUCAAUAGAAUCAAGGAGAUCAUCACCAAUGGCGUCGUGAAAGCUGCAACUGCUUCGUCAACAUCUGUAUCCUUCUCCCCCAGCGGGGCUUCAGUCACAGUUUACCAGCAACACAACCCGCCUCCACCCUCGCUGCCCCCCAUGACCCACCACAAACCACACUUUCAGUCAGGGAUGCACUAUGUUCAAGAUAAACUCUUUGUGGGCCUGGAGCACGCUAUCCUGGGGUUUGUGGUCAAAGAGCGGGUUGAGGGCCCAGGCUGUUCGUACCUGCAGCACAUUCAGGCUGAGACUGGGGCCAAAGUCUUCCUCAGAGGAAAAGGAUCGGGCUGUUUGGAGCCCGCUUCUGGACGAGAGGCCUUUGAACCCAUGUACAUCUACAUCAGUCACCCUAAACCAGAAGGACUCGCAGCAGCAAAAACAUUGUGUGAAAACCUUCUUCAGACAGUCCAUGCAGAGUAUUCUCGCUUCCUCAAUCAAAUGAGCACCAUGAUGCCAACGCAACAAGGCUUUGCGCAGCCUCCGGUGGUGAAUGGAAUGCUACCACAGCCUCCUUAUUAUCCCCCUGCAGGAUACCAGCCAGGCUACCCCAUGCCUGUACCCCCACCUCAGCCUGUACCUGUACCACCUUAUGCUGUCCCCCCUCUCAUACCUCCCGCAGCACCCACAGGUGUUCUCCCUCAGUAUCACCUCCCCCUUGCCCCAGCACCUGCCCCCACUCCAGCUCCUGCCCCUGCUCCUGUUCCUGCCCCUGCCCCUGCUCCUGUGCCACAGACUCUUCCUCCGGUGCCCUUUCUUCCAUCAGCUGCAGCGCCGCCCAAAGCUCCACCACCUGCUGCUCCAGGCAACCCACAGAAAAGACGCUUCACAGAGGAGGUACCAGACGAAAGGGACAGCGGCCUACUUGGAUACCAGCAUGGACCCAUUCAUAUGACUAAUUUAGGUGCAGGCUUCCCAGUGGGCAGCCCCGAGACUACAGGACCCCCACCACCAAGUUCCUCUGGCCCGCCGAGUGAGAGGGACAGUCGGCAGCUAAUGCCUCCGCCCCUGUUGCCUGUGAAUGGAGUGAGACCCAAGAUGGAGGAGAGAAGGGCACCGCAAGGCCCCGUGGAGUCUUCAGCGAAGAGAAUGAAAACAGGUCUGGUGGCGUACACCGGCGACUCCUCAGAUGAAGAGGAAGACCACUCAACCUCCAAAGCCUCAGGGCCAGGUAACCCUGGGGCAGUUCCCCCCACAUCCACCUCCUCAGGCUGGACACAAGGGUAUCGCUGUCCACCUCCACCACCCCCUCGUGCUAAAACACAGCCACAGCAGAAGUCUAUGCCUUUCUGGAUGGCACCCUAAAACAGGAAAAUCUAAACUCCCUCAGUGCUUUGUGCCCAGUCUUACAGGACGUUCACCCAAACUGAGCCCUUCUUUUUCUAGUACUCAUCACUCAUUCAUCACAUGGAUCCUAACAGCACUGUGUUGUUCCCAGGAUUAUUUUAGUACUCGGGUCCAAAUGGACUUCCUAAUGUUUUGGAAAACUCCUGUUUGUUUUUUUCUGUGCACACAUGAUAGUUUGAAGAUGAACAUUAAAAAGACUGACACUUCAAACAAUUCUGUGGAUGUAUAGAUGGUCAGAUGAGCGAUAAUCUGCCUCCUGUUUUAAUUGGAAUGAUAACCCAAACUUGGAGUGUUUGAAUAUGGCGUCUUUGUAAAAACAAUAUUACAUGGCAUUGAUGUUGUACAUCACCGAUCAAUUUUCAUUUUAUCCCCAAUUUCCUACUUUCUCAUCCCCUUUUCCUUCCCAUGUCUAAGGCAAACAACCGAUCCUUUGCUAUUCUGGUGUUUUUGUACAGAUGAUAUUGGACUAAUAUGUAGUAAACCUAUUACAUUUAUUUCAUGCUUUUAUGAAAUAAAUAAACUUAAUUUAUUGCAGUG